AUGGCAUUCAUCUGGGAUACAUUGAAAAUGAUUCCUGGUUUGGGAAAAAUGUUUAGAAUAAUGGAGUUGCUGACAAAAAUAACAGCAGAAUUAGUGAGUAUACAAUGUACAUUGGUGAAAAUGCAGAAGAAAGCCAGUGGUUCUGUAUCAGUUGCUAUUAUAAGUGCUAUAGGAGCCGUGGCCGGUGCCAUAACGGCCGUCGCUGCAGCUACUGCCGACCCGGAACCAGUAACAAAAUUUGCUCUUGUUGUCAGCGCAAUUACGGCAAUUGUGCUUGCAUUAGUUGCAAUUGCGGCGAUAUUUGAUGUGAUCGAAGCAAACGACCAAGCUGAUAAACUGGAAAGAGAGAUGGCGGAACUGAGGGAAGAGCAAGGCAAGUUGAACGACCUGGUGAGGGAAUUAAAAAGAGAGUUUGGUCUUUAA